UAUCUGUGGUUACAAAAGUGCUAAUGGAGUUGCAAUAUAAAAGCUGAAACUUUAUGGAACGCCUCUCAUAUGAAAAAAAAGUAAAAUGAAGCUGCAACGACUGCGGAUGAUUUACCACGUGGGCUCUUUGUGGGCAUUGAUAUGCUUGAUGCAUACAUCUUUAGCGUCUGUCAUAAAGGAUUCUAUUAAAUGUACCGAGGGUUCCGUAGCUGUCGACGUCGAUGAUUGUGCCAGCUAUUUUCAGUGUCUCGAUGAUGAAGCAGUGCACAUGAGCUGUCCCAAUGGAAGUUAUUUUGAGGCCAAAAAUGAGGUUUGCAUGGUGGAUGAGUUUGAUGUCUGUCCCACUUCAAGAAGAAAAUGUUUCGAGGGCCAACUUUUUGAGGAUUUCAAUGAUUGUGCCGCUUACCUGAUGUGCUCACAUGGAAAGCUGGUAAUGAAAAGAUGCCCUAUUGGAAGUUAUUUUAAUAUAAUAUCGAAAAGCUGCCGCAUGGAUAGAAGAACUUUAUGUACACCCGAAAAGAAAAUAUGUUUGGAAGGAGAAAUAACAGUGGAUUCCGAGGACUGCGCCGGCUAUUUGGAGUGUGUCAGUGGAGUGGUUGAGAAGAAAAAGUGUCCCAGCGGAAGCUUCUUUGAAGCCAUUUUCAAACUCUGCCAGGUUGACGAGAAUGGUGUUUGUUCCUCUGCAUCGGAUCAAUGCAGUGAAGGGGAGGUUCAGGUGGACCCUAAUAACUGCGCUGGAUACCUAAGCUGCCAAAGCGGAAAGCUGGAAUCUAAAAGUUGUCCCAGUGGCAGUUACUUUGAGCCCACUUACAAAACCUGCAUCGUCGAUGUGAAUGGCGUGUGCGUUGAUGCACCGGCCAAGUGCACAGAAGGAGAGCUGAAAUUGGACCCCAAUAACUGUGCGGGAUACUUUAAAUGCAUCGGUGGCGAACUGGUGGAGUACCAGUGUCCCGCUGGCACCUAUUAUGAUUUAAAUUUAGAAGCAUGUUUAGUAGACAGUGAGGGUGCUUGUGUCACUACCAUCAAACUUUGUACUGAAGGAGUUCGGGAAGAAGAUCCCCAGGAUUGCGGUGCAUACAAGCAAUGCAUUCGAGGCGAGGUUGAAUAUCUGAAGUGUGAUUCUGGAAGGUACUUUAAUGUGACUCAACAAGAUUGCCUUUUUGAUGGUGGUCAAGUAUGUAAAAAGUCGGAAGAGAAAUACAAGAGUGAGUAUACAGCGAGUACUGUUGCCGAUAUUCAUCAACAAACAGGCAGUACUGUUGCUGAAUUAUAUCACAACACGAAAAGUACAGUUGGUGAUAUGCAUCAGCAGACAGGAAGUACUCUUCCCGAUUUCCGGCUACAAACACAGAGUACUGUUGUUGAAUUAAAUCAAUCUACAGAGAGUACUACUGAAAAUUUGCAUCCACACACAGGGAGUACAGUUGGUGAUUUCCUUCAGUAUACAGAGAAUACUGUUCACGAUUUCCAUCAAUAUUCAGAUAGUUCUGUUACUGAAUUUUCUCAUAACACCGAUAUCAAUCGGUUUCAAUCCACGGAGAGUACUACAACAAAUUUGUAUCAAUAUACGGAAAGUACAGUUGGCUACUUCCAUCAAUAUAUCGAGAAUACUGUUGCCGAUUUCUAUCAUCAAACCGGUAGUACUGUUGGUCAACAAACAGGUAGUACUGUUGAUGAAAUAAAUCAAUCUUCAGAGAGUACUACUGAAAAUUUGCAUCCAUAUACAGAGAGUACAAUUGGCUAUUUUGCUCAGUAUACAGAGAGUACUGUUACCGAUUUCCCUAUACAUACAGAGAGUACUGUUGAUUUACAUCAGUUUACUGAGACUAGUACGGAUAAUUUUCCUCAAUUUACGUAUGGUAAUUUCCUUCAGUAUUCAGAGAGUACUGUUGCCGAUUUAGAUCAACAAGCAGGGAGUACUGUUGAUGAAUUUAUUCAUAGCACGGAGAGUACUACUAAAAAUUUGCAUCAGUAUACGGAAAAUACAGGAUACUAUACAGACAGCACUGUUGCCGAUUUCCAUCAAUAUGCAGAGAGUACUGUUACUGAAUUAAAUAAUUUCACGGAGAGUACUACCGAUAAUUUGGAUCAAUAUACGGAAAGUACAAUUGGUAUUGUUGAUGAAGUAGAUCAAUACAAAGAAAUUUCAAUCGAAAAUUUAGAAGUUGCAGUUGUUGGUUUGCCAUCUACUGAUGCAAUUCUGCAGACAUUCACAUCCAACAUAACCUGCGUUAUGGACGUAAAUGGAGUGUGUGUCGAUCCACUUGCAAAGUGCACAACAGGACAGAAGAAACUAGAUCCCAAUAACUGUGCAGGAUACCUUUUAUGCACUGAUGAAGGACAGAAGGAGGAAUUGUGUCCCAGUGGAUUCUACUUCGAUACCAAUUUGAACGGCUGUUUUGUGGAUAGUAGAGCUCUCUGUAUCACUAAUAUUAAAUUUUGCAUCGAAGGAGUUCGCGAACAAGACCCACAGGAUUGCGCUGGAUACAGACAAUGCAUUCGAGGCCAGGUCGAAAGUCGCAGAUGUCCCUUUGGGAGUUACUUCAAUGUUGCCGAAAGGGAUUGCCUGCCUGAUGAGCACAAAGUGUGUGUUAAGACGCAAGACAACUCUUUAUCCGAUUUGCAAUCUAGUGAUUCGGAUCAGCAGGUAUUCCUACCCGAUCAAACCUGUGUGUUGGACUCCAAUGGGCUGUGUGCUGACCCACUCCCAAAGUGCAGAGAAGGACAACUAAAACUGGACCCCAAUAAUUGUGCAGGUUACAUGAUAUGCAUCGAUGGAGUGUUGAGGGCAGAACUAUGUCCCACAGGCUCCUACUACGAGUCAGAAUUUAAUGCCUGUUUAGUGGACAGAAGGGGCAUUUGUGUCACUAAUAUAGAAAUUUGUGAUGAGGGACUUCGCGAAGAAGACCCCCAUGAUUGUGCAGGAUACAGAGAAUGCAUUCGGGGUGAGGUCCAAAAUCUGAAGUGUCCGUCUGGAAGUUACUUUAGUGUGCUCCAAAGAGAUUGCCUUAUUGAUCUGGAUGAGGUAUGCGUGAAUACAGGAUUCAAGUACUACGAGAAUUACCUUCUACAUCAAUAUUAGUAGAGUCGACUUUCCACUUAGCAAUUGUGGAGGGCUCCUUAGUUUUAAGAUGAAAAUAAAAUGCAAGCGAAGUCGACAAAAAAAGAAACGACUUUGUUUCUUAAAGAAUUUGAUGGGAACAUUAAAAGUUGAGCGCUUUAAUUAUAUCCCAUAUACGAUUGCAUUCGCAUGAAUAAUAAAUAAGCUCAUACGAUAAGUUUCAAGUUAAUAAAUCAAGUUAGUUGGUAAGUAGCCAUUUGGUAGGUGAGACUUUUCGGAAAGUUUUUUUCUUGCCGUCAUUAAAAGCAGCAGUGACUGGCGUUAAUGCGAUAAGGGAACUUUUGUACUAAUCAGCACGUUUUCUGUCUGAACAAUAAUCAACUCCCCGAACUGAUUAACCAGAAUUA